AUUUAGCCGACUGACCAGUGUCGGUCUGCUUGUUAAUAUCUGUGUCUCCCGCCUACCCGCAGUCAUUGGGCUCAUUCCCGCGCCGUCGCAAGUCAUGACAGGCCGUCGCUGUUAAUCGGGAAUCCCUGGCUUAUUUGGCGCCGUGGUCCGCGCCUCCUUCCGGCUGCUGCCUGCCUGCCUGGCAUUCUUGAGAUUGUUACAUGACGACCUGAGCACCAAGUGCCAGCGUUCGCAUCACCAUGGGUUCCGCCACUAACUUUGCCAAAACCAUCAUUAUCCCCGCCGUGAUCUCACUGGCCCUCUACCUCCUUUUCUCCUUCGUGAUCAUCCCCUUCUUCCGCCGAUAUCACCAGCGAUACUCACAGUAUCUCCCCCUCCACACCAUCUCCGCGCACACUACGACACUCCGGGAUCGCAUUGCAGACGCGUUGAUGCGGCGCUUUCUCCCCUCGGCCUGGCGACAGCCGCACUUCGAGCAGCACGAUAACAUCAGCAUAUACGACGAGGAAGGGGAGAUCAUGGUGGGGAUGGACAUGGACCCCACGCGACGAGAAGCGCUCGAGCGACGACGUAGUACGGCUGGCGAUGCGGAAAGUCGGCUUAGUCGGGAACUCGAAGCAGGAUUCAUGGACGAUAGCGACGACGAGGGGCAUGCCCCGUCACAUCGGUGAUGCAACGCCAUGUCUAUACAUAUACCAUAUCAUAAGAGUGAUCUAGGCAUUGAGGUGGGAAGUAGAACACUAGACAACGGAUAGACUACUGUUCUCGCGCUGAACCUUAUCACCUGCGCCUGUCCUUAUCGAUACCUUGCUUCGAUAGACUCACCGCAGCAGCCAGCAAGACAUACAUAAGACCUACAGACCACCAUCUGCACAAUCAAUGCAAUGCACGACGCACCCAAGUAUAUGUCCG